AUGUUUAAGGUACUCUGCUUGCUCGCCAUCGUGGCCGUCGUGUCCGCUGGAAUAAGCCGCCCGGCUCAUCCUUCCGCCCACCAACCGAGACUCGUGAAGCGCGAAGUGGCCAUGGAACCGGAGGAGCCAGCCAAGGAACCUGCGGUCGAGGGACAGGACGACAUGGACAAGGCGGAAACGUUCGGUUUCGGUUAUCGAAAAGUGUUCCAUGUGUACCCGAGCUACUAUCCGAGCUACUAUGGGGGUUAUCAUGGCUAUGGUUACCCGAGCUACUAUCACGGCUACCACCACGGAUACUAUUAUUAA